AUUAUCUUGGAGUGGUUUGUACUUGGGGACUGAAAGCCUGUCGUUAGCUUCGUUCACGUCACAGUCACUUCCCAACGCACAAAACCGACGCGAGCAAACCUCACAUUUCUUCUUCAAAUCCUCCUCUAUAUGCUCCCCCGCCUCUCCCCUCUCCUCCGCCCCCUGCACCCGCCUCUCCUACCCUCCGCCACUCCUAUGGCGCGUGUCAUCCCACGCGCCUCCCUGGCCCAUUUUAGCCCCUCUCCAAACGCCGUCGCUUCCAUCUGCCUUUCCCCGCGUUUAGGUUUCGAUACCAAUACAAAUCGCUUCGGCGUCUCUCCGUCUCUGAAAUCUUCGCUUUCCGCUCGGGGAUUCCACGCUCUGUGCAGAGACGAUGGGAGGGGAUUGACGCCACUGGGAAGGGUUUGGGCUUCGCAGCAGAGAGAGUAUCGGAAGGUGAGGAGGCGGGCCGUGAAGAGUAAAGAGAAGGAGUUGGAACUCAAUGUCAGUAUUUGCAUCGAAGAAGAUUUGCCUGACGAUCCUGAAGUUCUGAGUAUUUCAGAGAUGCUUCGUUUAAAUGUUCCAAUGGCAAUGAAGGUAGCUUUUGAUGGUUUAAAAGAUUCAUUUUAUAAAACAAGGGAUACUGCUAUAAGUGAUGUUGGUGGGUUUGAAAGUGUAGAGUUGUCUUUGCUUCUUUGCAAUGAUGAGUUUAUUCGCAAACUUAAUAAAGAAUGGAGGGAUGAGGAUCAUGCCACUGAUGUUCUCUCCAUGUCGCAACAUGCCCCUGAACUUAAGCUUCCAAUUCUUAUGUUAGGUGACAUUGUAAUUUCUGUCGAGACAGCUGCCAGACAAGCUGAGGAAAGAGGGCACGCUCUUCUUGAUGAGAUACGCAUCCUCAUGGUUCAUGGGCUUUUACAUCUUUUGGGAUUUGAUCAUGAGAUUAGUGAAGAGGCUGAAGCAGAGAUGGAGAAGGAAGAGGAACUCCUUUUGAAGAGUCUUGGGUGGAAGGGGAAAGGAUUAAUUCAGAGUGCAUAUGAUGCUGAAACAAAUGCAAACUUUCCUGAGGAAAAAGCAGAUGACAGGAAGAAAGAAGGCCGUCUUCGAUUUUAUAAACCGAAGUUCAACUAUAUCUUCUGUGAUAUGGAUGGUACACUGCUAAACAGCAAAAGCCAAAUUUCGUCAGCAAAUGCCAGGGCUUUAAAAGAGGCUGUCUCAAGGGGUGUGAAAGUGGUGAUAGCCACCGGAAAAGCUCGUCCAGCUGUGAUAAGCAUUUUAAAGAUGGCAGAUUUAGCUGGAAAAGAUGGCGUUGUUUCAGAAUUUUCUCCUGGGGUUUUCUUACAGGGAUUGCUUGUUUAUGGUAGACAAGGUCGGGAAAUAUUUAGAAGGAAUUUAGAUCCAAAUGUUUGCAGAGAGGCCUGUCUUUACUCUUGGGAGAAUAAAGUUCCUCUCAUAGCUUUCACCAAAGAUCGAUGCUUAACUUUAUUUGAUGACCCGCUAGUUGACUCACUGCACACUGUAUAUCGUGAGCCAAAGGCAGAGAUCAUGCCGUCGGUUGAUCAUCUCUUGGCUGCAGUUGACAUACAGAAAGUGAUCUUCUUAGACACUUCUGCGGGAGUGACCACUACGCUGCGGCCAUACUGGUCAGAAGCAACAAGAGAUCGUGCCACUGUUGUUCAAGCUGUGCCAGACAUGCUUGAAAUUGUUCCCCUUGGGACCUCAAAAGGGAUUGGAGUGAAAAUGCUGCUUGAUCAUUUGGGAAGCACUGCAAAAGAGAUAAUGGCAAUUGGUGAUGGGGAAAAUGACGUUGAGAUGCUUGAGCUGGCUUCUUUAGGCAUUGCUCUUAGUAACGGAUCAGAGAAGACAAAAACUGUGGCUAAUGUAAUUGGUGCCAGCAACGACGAAGACGGUGUUGCUGAUGCCAUCUACCGGUAUGCAUUCUGAGCUUCACUUCAAGUAUGAAAAACUAAACUAGACUAAAUAAUAACCAGGGAAGCAAUCUGUUGCUGCUUUCACCAAAUUAUUAUUAUUAUUAUUUUUCUCUCAAAAGAAACAUUAAAUGUGCUCAGCCAAAGGCGCGUGAAGUUUUAUCAAUUUUUACUCAUUGAAUUAUAUAUAGGAUGAAUUUCAUCUUUGGUGUUUCAUGUGACCGAUGUGGAAUCAUUCAAUUUGUAUCAUAUGAAAUGUUUUCUAUU